UUCCCCCCAGCACUCUUGUUGAUAGCACAGCAAUUUGGGGAUUUCACCUCUUACAUCUCAAGCUGUGUUUCUACCUUCAUGACUCCCCAAACUUCUGAUAAAAAUGCUUCCUGAUGUUCAAAGGGACAUUCUCUGGGAACUUUAUCUCAAAUAUAAGAGUCAAAAAUACUUAUCCCUUAGCCCAAUUGAAAUCCCACUUGUUUUCAUUCAUUUACUUAAUCAUUUUCUUGCUUUUUCUUCUAACACACUUGGGGACCCUCCUUGUCCCCCUCAUAUCAGCAUUUCCUCUUAACUUGCUGUAUCAUUCUUUUACCCAGUGGGUUGCUGGCAUCCUUAUAGCUGAGGAGGUCCUCUUCAAAGGGGUAGCAUUGGAGAAAAUCCUGGCCAUUGUAGAGACCUAGGCACAUUUCUUCUCCAUCCUUCCUUUCAAAAGAUACUAUAAGAGGGUUCUUCAUGAGAAAAUGCUCCAACUGAAGACUGGGAUGCAUCAGCCCUUAAAGAAGAAGGGACCUGCUGAAAGGGGAAUGAAUGAGCAGAAGACUUGGCCUGAGGAAGCACGAGUCUCUUCUGUGUCAUACUGCGGGAAAUAUUCCUUGAUCCAGGAUCAGGCUAGAGAGUUGACUCAUCUCCAGAAAAAGGUGAAGAUUGGGAAAGCUAUCUCCUCCCUUCUCAUCCGGCAUGUCAAGAACACAGUAAAGACCUUUGAGGAGCUACUCACCAAUAACAGCAUGGACCACUACAUGGAGCAGCACUUCCGUGAACAGCUGGCCAAGGGAAGCCAGUUGGCAGAGAGCCUUGCCAGCAAACUCAGCACUGAUGACUAUACAAGUAAGAAGACUCAAUCAGGACAGGUAUCACAGACCCUCAGUAUCUUAAGGGAGAUACAGAAAAAGCGUAGAAUGAUGGAAGUCCUAGCAACCAGGGAUGGUGCCCAGUUGCAGACUCAGGCCCAGAUCCAGGCUAGAGGCCUUGCCCCACAUGCUGCCCACCAACCUCUCAGCAGCACCUCCCCCUUGCUUAAUGAGCAGGAAGUGCAUCCUACAGUGAAUGUAGCCAAUGUCAAUCCUGUCAUUUCUUCUGAUUCAGCUGCAUUGCCCAGCAGCCAUUCAGGAGCCAGGUCGGCUCAGCUGAACAAGACACCAGAACCUGAGCAACAUGGCAGCAGUGGCCCAUGGGAAGAGAUGAGGCCUCAGAAAAUGAAUGCAUCCGGGGACCUAUCCUCCUUCUCCUGGUUGUACCAGCCUGGCUCCAAAUCCUCUGGGGCCAACCUGCUGGAAAAGAAUCUUAGUGAGAUCCAGAACCUGCGCCUGCGACUGGAAGAAUCCCUCUAUAUCAACGACCGCCUGAGGGAGAGGCUGGAACACGUGCUCAGCAAUACUGACCAGGGGAAAAGUAGGUGCCGUGCAGUCAGUCUCAGAUGGCUGCCUUCCAACCCCUGGUUCAUAGACUCAGACUCACUCUUCUGGCUCUGACCAAUACAUCCUGUGACAUAAUGCCUACAGGAGCUGAAAGAAUCCUCUUCAGGACUUUUCCUGCCUUAUCCAACAACAUACUUGAGUGUGGACUUGGAGGUAUCAAACAUUACCUUUUAAUGAACAAAUUAAUAAAUUAUUAUUUAAAAUUA